CCUGUAAUUUGGUCUGCGCGUGCAAAUCAUAGUUUUUUGUUCCGGAAGAAGUCUUUUGAGCUUUCUGCUGUGCUCGCUUGCGGUUCGGUCGUAAUCGCUAAGGUCAAUCUUUUUGACAAGUCAAGUUUCCUCGCACUUGAAACAAAAUGAGUGUACCGGCUGGAGAUGCUGAGAAGGGAAAGAAGGUGUUUGUGCAAAAAUGUGCGCAAUGUCACACAGUCGAGAAGGGAGGAAAGCACAAGGUUGGACCUAACCUGAAUGGCCUCAUCGGCAGAAAGACAGGUCAAGCCGCUGGGUUCUCCUACACGGACGCCAACAUCAGCAAAGGUAUCACCUGGAAUAAGGACACAUUAUUUAUUUACUUGGAGAACCCCAAGAAGUACAUCCCCGGGACCAAGAUGGUGUUCGCUGGAAUCAAGAAGCCACAAGAGCGAGCUGAUCUUAUCGCCUACUUAGAGCAAGCUACAAAGUAGAAGAAUAAUAAUUGAACAUGUGUAGGAAAAGUUAUACAGACAUUCGUGUCAACCACAACCAGCAGGACUAAUAUUGAAGCUGUAUUAGGAUCUUAUCAUUUUGCUGUAUUAUAUAUAUUUAUUUUCUGUAUAGUAAAUUAUUCUUUUAUCUAA